AUGUCUUGCACGGUGGCCAUCCCGAGCUCGCCAGUCUUCUCGCCCUCACGCCGCCCGCUCUCCUGCAAGGCCGCUUCCGCCUCGCCGGAGCCCGCCGUCGCCGUCGCCGUCUCCGCCUCCUCCCCGGCGCCCGCGCCCGCCGCCGCCGGCUCGCCGCUCCGCCCCUUCGCGCUUCGCGCGCUGCUCCGGGAGGAGGUCUCCCCGUCUCCGUCGGCCCAGCCGGCCCCCGCCGCUACCGCGGUGGCCUCGGCACCAAGCGGGGCCGUGCUGAAGCGACGGCGACCGGCGCCGCUCGUUGUGCCGGCGUCUGGCGCGGCAGCGGCGGCUGCUGCUGCGGCGGCGGUGGCUGCUGUGGAGGCAGAUCCGAGAAAUGAGGCGCUGUUUGGUGUAUUCGAUGGUCACGGCGGUAAAAACGCGGCAGAGUUCGCUGCUGAGAACAUGCCCAAGUUUAUUGCCGAGGAGUUCAAGAAGGUAAACGGCGGAGAGAUCGAAGGAGCUGUGAAAAGGGGUUACCUGAAGACGGACGAGGAGUUCCUCAAGAGGGACGAGAGCGGGGGCGCGUGCUGCGUCACAGCCGUUCUCCAAAAGGGUGGACUGGUCGUCUCCAAUGCUGGAGACUGCCGUGCGGUGCUCAGCCGAGCAGGGAAGGCAGAGGCGCUCACCUCCGACCACCGGGCCUCCCGGGAGGAUGAGAAGGAGAGAAUUGAGAAUUUGGGUGGAUUUGUGGUGAAUUACCGCGGAACGUGGCGAGUCCAGGGCUCCCUGGCAGUGUCUAGGGGCAUUGGGGAUGGACACCUAAAGCAGUGGGUUGUGGCUGACCCAGAGACCAGGACGCUCCUGGUUGACCAGCAGUGCGAGUUCUUGAUACUUGCUUCUGAUGGCCUCUGGGAUAAGAUCGAUAAUCAGGAGGCAGUAGACCUCGCACGACCUCUCUGCAUUAACAAUGACAAGGCCUCUCGCAUGGCUGCCUGCAGGAUGCUCACUGAGACCUCGAUUUCCAGGGGCUCAACUGAUGAUAUCAGUGUCGUGAUCUUGCAGUUACAGAAAUUUUCAAGUUCCUAA